UUCCUUUAUUGGUAGUGUCACCGUCCAUUUACAUGAUAUGCUUUAAAAGUUGAUCUUCCACACAACUCAAUUAUAGGACUAGUAAUUAACACUAAGUCAAUGGAUUUUGCCGUUUCAAAAAAAUAAAUAAAUGGAAAUGAACAAAAUACAAGUACUCUAUGAUACUUGCCAUGUUUUGUUUUCUCAAGGAAGACUUCCAAAUUUUCAACAAAUCCAUUACCUGAAAAAUCUACUAGACAAAAUUGAAGCAAUAGAUGUUGGAAUCGACGAGUUCGGGUUUUGCGAUUCUCCUACAUCAGAUGCAAUUUUUGAUGGUGCUAGGAGAGGAUUGCUUUAUGGACAAAGCUUCUCUGAAAUAACAUACAUUCAUAUUCAUGAAUGUGACGAUUUCUCUAUAGGGGUGUUUUGUCUUCCAGCAGGAAAAGAAUUUCCACUUCAUGAUCACCCGGAAAUGACAGUGUUGAGCAAACUUUUAUAUGGAUCUGUCCAUGUCAAAGCUUAUGAUUGGAUCAAUUUUGAUAGUACCAAAGAGCAAACAAUAGGAUUGGCGGGUAAGGUAAUAGAUGAAGUGAUGAAAGCACCACAUGAACCGUCCAUAUUAUUUCCAAGAAGUGGUGGAAAUAUUCAUUCUUUUAGAGCGUUGACUCCAUGUGCAAUACUAGAUGUGCUGUCUCCACCAUACUGUGAAGAUUUUGGAAGACCCUCCACUUACUACUAUGACAUUCCUAUCCCUUAUCUUAAUGGUUAUUCCAUGCUUGAGGAGAAACCAUUGCCUGAUGAUUUAGUUGUUCAUGGUGCGCCAUACUUUGGACCUUCAAUUGUAACCUUGUAUGAUGAUUAUGAUUUUAGUGAUCAAACCAGUGAUGAAAACCAUGUAUAAAUUAUUAAGUGUGUGUAUAUAAUUUCAAAGGAAUUUUUUUUUAAGAGGCCAAGUAUAUAUAUUAGCUCUUUUAUUAUAUAGCUCAUUAGCUCUCACCAAAUCAAGUGAUAAGGUGGACUUAACUAACCUUUGACUUUUAAGAAACAAUGUAAAAAACAAGUUUAUAUAUUUUGAGGGUCCUAGGACAUCUG